CGAAGGGCAGGGAAGUGUGGAGGACGUGGCCGGGCACGUGAGUCGUCGUGAGAUCCCCGGUGGUUUCGCAAAUGACAGCGCGAGAGGCGGCAGCAUCGAUGGCGGACGGGCCGACGCCAGGGGAUACGACGCCGACGCUGGUUGUUAUUGAGAAGGUCCUCAACUGGACCACAUUUGCCCGGUUCGGCGGCUCAUUCUUCGCCGGGAUCUGCGAGGUCAGCACGGAAAACCAGGACAGCGAAAAGCACAGAGGAUACUCAAUGACAUGCUCAUGUGUGUGUGUGUGUGUGUGUGAUUGGGCCUUCUUGCAGAUGGUGACGUUCUAUCCCUUGGACACCGUUGGCAAGCGGUUGAUGUUCGACAGCACCAAACGGGCGUUUCGAAUCGACGAGAAAAUGCGGCAGAUGCGAGAGGCCAUCUUCCUCCACGGCAGGGCAGCGGUGCAGUGGAGCGAGCCAGUCAGCGUCAUUCGCUCUUUCUAUGCCGGGUUCCUAUGGGCGGGAGUGUACAAGGUCUCACAACGGACCUGGCAAUUCGGGUGAGGCAAUUGCCAGACCGAUAUUACGGACAGAUGGACAUCGUGCCGUGCUCACUGUGUGUCUGCCUGGUGAUUGCUGCAGUUCUCAGCCGAUAUUCCGCGAGCUGAUUGACCAUUCGUGGCCUGAUGUGUUCCAUGCGAGGUUCGGCCACAGGCUGGGCGACGUGUUGCUGUCGGCGACCGCAGGGGCGCUGAUGGGCGUUGGCGAGAUCAUCUUCGUCCCAUUCAACAUGCUCAAGAUCAAAAGUCAGAUGUACAACCAAGACGGGUGGGACAACACCCAAUACAAACAAUACAAAGGACGCCUUGGCUUGCUUGGCAUCAAUCAGUGUCAUAUGCGGAUUCUGAUGUCAUGUCAUGUCAGGCCAGUGCUGUCGUUGCUGUCGAGCGGGAGGAUCCGCAUGCCUGACCUGUGGACAGGAUGGACAUGGACCAUGGCGCGGAAUGUCCCCGGCAGCUUCGCCCUCUUCGGAGGGCAGGAGGUCGCCCGACACUGGCUCUUCAAACAGCACGAUACCUCCGUCGUGCAGGUAGUCCACACCACACCACACCACACCACACCACACGGCACAUGAACACGCGGGCGGAUAGGGUGAACAAACCGUCAUGUGGUCGUCUGUCUGUUUUCUCAGCACUUUGCGGCCUCCAUGUUUGGGGCCACGUGUAGCAUCCUUGUCGCCUCGCCUUUCGACGUCAUCAAGGUCAGUCAGUCAGCAGGGUGCAAACAUCACGUCACCCCCAUCGUUAGUGUGUCCAUAAUGGAAUCGACUGUGUGUGUGCUUGUGUGUCGGGUCGGCAGACCAGGGUCCAGGGGGAGCACUUCGGUCAAUCCAAGAGCGGCUUCGUCGUGGCAAGGUGAGCACACAUCCCAGACACACGCGGAUGGCCGGCCGCCCACUCUCCUGUCUGACCGUGUGUGCGCUGUCAGGGAAUUGGUCCGCAAUGAAGGCUUCCUGGCGUUGCUGAAAGGCGUCACGCCAAAAAUGCUGGUGAUUGGUCCCAAGCUGGCCUACGGGAUGGGCCUUGCGCAGCUGCUGUCGGCGAAGCUGCUGGGGAGGGAGGGCAACAGAUGACUGACCCGCGGGUGGCUGUGAUGUGUUGUAGGGGUGAGACAGGCGCUGGGUUGGCCAACAGUUUUGCUGGUUUGUGAGGUGAGUGUGUAUAGCAUGGAUGGCACUGUAGACCUAGACGUGUGCACUAGACCGACGCUGGUGUGUGUGUGUGUGUUGCGAACAAUGCGCACAUUCGUGUUUCAUUUGUAGACAAAAGAAAGACAUCGAGGAAAGGAAGCAUUGCAUAUAAGACCCCCUGGUGUCUCUCCCCUGCGUGUCUGCAUCCGUCAACUCAACUCACGAUCAUG